AUGAAACAGAAAGGUCUGUUUCCAAUUCCAGAAGAACCCAUCUUUUUCUUCUUCCUCUUUCUGCUUUGUUUUGGUAUCCUCCCUCUUUCUUCCUCUGUUCCCGAGUCGUCACCGGAAAAGUCAGCCCUGCUGGACUUCAAGUCUUCGGUCUCCGAUCCCCAUGGAAAUCUUCUCUCCGCCUGGAAUCCGGAGCUCCACCACUGUGCAUGGGCUGGGGUGGCUUGCAACUCCCGGUCAGAGGUCGUCUCCAUCAGAAUCCACGGCGGCGGCGGAAGAGGUAGCUCCGAGGAUCUUUCUUGUUCCGACGCUUUCAAGUUUCCUAUCCUGGGGGCCAGGCUGAAGAGGGUUUGCUCUGGUUGGGGUCGUCGUGGGAAGUUAGUCGGAAAGUUGUCGCCUUUGAUUGGGAAGCUCAGUAAGCUUAGGGUUUUGUCUCUGCCUUUCAACGACCUCGGCGGCGAAAUCCCUUCUGAGAUUUGGGGUUUAAAAGAGCUAGAAGUGCUGGAUCUGCAAGGAAACUUGUUUACCGGCGAGUACUCUGGUCAAUUUGGUGUUGGGUUGACGAAACUACGAGUUUUGAAUCUAGGGUUCAACAGAAUCCAUGGAGAAAUCCCUGCUUCCAUUUCCAGAUUUGCUAGUUUGCAGGUUUUGAAUUUAGCUGGUAACAACCUGAUUGGGCGAAUUCCUGAAUUCGUUGGCAGUUUUCUGGAGCUCAAGGAACUCAAUUUAGCUCACAAUAAGCUGAAUGGGACAGUUCCCUUUGAGUUAGGGUUUCAUUGUGAGUUUCUAGAACAUAUUGAUCUCUCAGGGAAUCUCCUUAUUGGCACUGUCCCUCCCGUUCUAGGAAACUGCCAUCAGCUAAGGACACUUUCCUUGAACUCGAACCGCUUCACCGGUCAAAUCCCUAGCGAAUUUGGCCAGUUGAAGCGCCUGCAGGUUCUUGAUCUCUCGCGGAAUCAUUUCCCGGACACUCUGCCUACAGAACUCACUACAACCCUUCCCCAUGUAAAGGUACUUUGGUCUCCAAGUGCGAAUGUAGAAAGCGAGGUUCCGAGAAAUGCUAGGUCUCUGGCUACAGCUGACAGCGAGGAGACCGCUUCUUCAACUUCUGCUGCAAGCCAUGGAUUGAGUCCAAUCGAGAUAGCGUCGAUAGUAUCAGCAUCAGCAAUCGUCUCGGUCCUCAUAGUGCUAGUGGUCCUCUUCUUCUACAUGAGAAAAUGGACCCCGAAUGCUAGAGUUCAAGUUUCGGAGCCCAAAGAGAUCAUCGAAUUCGUUCCCAUCGGAGUCCCUUUGCUGUACGAGGACAUCGUCCAAGCAACGGGGAACUUCAACACGAGGAACUGCAUUGGCAACGGAGGCUUCGGGGCCACUUACAAAGCAGAAAUCGCCCCGGGCACCCUAGUCGCGGUGAAGAGGCUCUCUGUCGGGAGGUUCCAAGGUUUCCAGCAGUUCCACGCCGAGAUCAAGGCACUAGGAAGGGUAAGGCACCCGCAUCUCGUGACCUUAAUCGGCUUCCACGCCAGCGAAACCGAGAUGUUCCUCAUCUACAACUACCUCCCGGGGGGCAAUCUGGAAAGCUUCAUCAGGGGUAGAUCGGCAGCCACGGUCCAGUGGAAGAUCCUCCAUAAGAUCGCCUUCCACAUUGCUCGAGCUCUAGCCUACCUCCACGACCAAUGUGCUCCGCGAAUCCUCCACCGCGAUGUCAAGCCCAGCAACAUCCUCCUCGACGAUGAGUUCAACGCCUACCUGUCCGACUUUGGGCUGGCCAGGCUGCUUGGCACGUCCGAGACGCACGCCACCACGGGCGUGGCUGGCACGUUCGGGUAUGUGGCGCCUGAGUACGCGAUGACAUGUCGCGUCUCUGAGAAGGCGGAUGUGUACAGCUACGGGGUGGUGCUGCUGGAGCUGAUGUCGGACAAGAAGGCGCUGGAUCCUUCGUUCUCUUCGCAGGAGAACGGGUUCAACAUCGUUUCGUGGGCUUCGUUGCUUCUGAGGCACGGUAGGGCGAAGGAGGUGUUCACCGCGGGGCUGUGGGAGUCGAGCCCACACGACGAUCUGGUCGAGAUGCUGCACCUGGCGAUCACUUGCACUGAUGAUACGCUGUCGACUAGGCCGACGAUGAAGAGUGUUGUGCAGCGGUUGCGGCAGAUCAGGCCUUCGUGA